CCUCCACCGUGCGCUCUGGUCCUCCUCUGCGCGCUCUGGGUCUCGGCUCGGACAAACUGCGCCGGAGCACUGGAUCACCAAAAGUCCGCAGAGUCGGUGUAGAGGUACCGGGCUCAGGGCAGGAGAGGUUCGGCGUUGGUUUUCUCCCGGGGACUGGGGUGCCGUUUGUUUUUAGUUUUUAGGUGUUUUUUCACAGUUCGGUCAUGGAGACUCUCAGAGUUCUCCUCGCGCUACUGUGCGUUUUCCUGGCCGGAGCGCAAAUUCAGAACCAAGGACUCAGGUUUACUGACUGUCCAGUCGACCUGUUCUUCGUCCUGGACACGUCUGAGAGUGUCGCCCUGAGAAAGACGCCUUCCGAAUUUUAUAUUGAACAGAUCAAAGGAUUCGCCACACGCUUCAUAGAAGAACUCGAGGACAUGCGCCACCGAUGUGAUCGUACCCUGACGUGGAACGCAGGAGCAUUACACUACAGCGACGAUGUCAUCAUCGUGCGAGAGCUGAGUGACAUGAAUGCUCACCGGGAGGAUCUGAAGAAAAGCAUCAAUGCCAUCUCGUACAUCGGCAAGGGCACAUACACCGACUGUGCCAUCAAGAGGGGCCUCGCUGAGCUGUACUCUGGAGGCUCUCACUACCGCGAGAACAAGUACAUCGUGGUGGUGACUGACGGCCAUCCCAUCACUGGUUACAAAGAGCCGUGUGGAGGUGUGCAGGAGGCCGCUAAUGAGGCCAGACAGCACGGAGUCAAAGUGUUUGCUGUCGCUGUCUUACCUGACCAGGAGGAAACCAGACUGUCCAUCAUCGCCACAGAUCAAAGCUACAGACAGAACUUCACGGCUGCAGAUGAAGACCACAGAUCCACCAAGAUCGAAACCAUCCGAACCAUCAUCAAUAUGAUCACAAACGAGACCAAGGAUGUGUGUUGCUCCUUCGACUGUACUGCUCCUGGAGGCCCCAAAGGACCGAAGGGAGAUGUUGGUGCAAAGGGAGAAACAGGUAGACCAGGGAUGCCAGGAGAGAGAGGAGAUGGCGGUGACAUGGGCAGCAUUGGUGAUCCUGGUCCUGUUGGUUACGGUGGAGAGAAGGGAGAUCGUGGGAUCAGAGGAGAUAAGGGUGAUAGAGGACACAAAGGCUUCAAGGGAGACAAAGGUCACAGAGGAAGGGAUGGAAUUGACGGCCGCAAGGGUGAACCUGGUUUUUCUGGACUUCCCGGCUGUAAAGGUUCUCCUGGAUCAGACGGUGGGCAAGGAGACCCUGGACCAAAGGGAGACCCUGGCUCUUAUGGACAGAAAGGAGCAAAAGGAGAUACUGGAGACCCUGGUGAACAAGGACCGCCUGGAAGCUAUGGAUCUCUGGGACCUCAGGGUGAUCCGGGUCCUCGUGGAGCCGACGGGGACAAAGGAGAGCGUGGUGAUGAUGGGCCACCUGGAGUAGAUGGAGGUCGCGGUGAGAGAGGAAUAGUUGGAGAACCGGGGGAGCAGGGUUCCCGUGGAAACAGAGGUCCAAAAGGAGAUGCAGGGGAGCCAGGACCCCGUGGAGAGCAGGGGAGGGAGGGCUCAACUGGCCCCAACGGAGACCCCGGUGAGCCCGGCAGGCCGGGGUCUGCUGGCUACAGAGGAGAUGAAGGCCCACCUGGACCAGAAGGACCCAAAGGAUCGAGAGGAAUCAAAGGAGCUCCGGGAGACAGAGGCCCGAUGGGGGAGAGGGGAGGAGAUGGCGCAUCGGGAAACGGGACAGAAGGUUGCCCUGGUUUCCAGGGUUAUCCUGGGCUCCGUGGAGACCCUGGUGAGCCGGGUGGUAAAGGAACUCCUGGACCAAAAGGAGAUAACGGAGAUCCUGGAGAUCCAGGCGCCGAUAACAAUGUGCCAGGAACACCAGGAUCUAAAGGAGCCAAAGGCCACAGAGGACCUGACGGCCCACCGGGACCUCCUGGGCCUCCUGGACCACCAGGAAGUGAUGACUGCGAAAUUCUGGAUAUAAUCAUGAGGCUCUGCUCGUGCUGUGAGUGUAAAUGUGCACCUGUGGACCUGGCCUUCAUUGUGGACAGCUCAGAGAGUAUCGGUGCUAACAACUUUGCUCUUGCCAAAGACUUUAUCAUCGCAGUCAUUGACAGACUGAUCAAAGACCAGCAAGUCAAGUUUGCAGCAGACAAGUCCACCGUGAGCGUUGUGCAGUACAGUGGAUCACGAGCCCAAGAGAGCGUCAAACUCAUCAGCAACAUCACCGAGUUUAAACAGGCAGUGAGAGACUUGCGCUGGCUGGCUGAGGCCACGUACACAGGAGAGGCUCUUGAUUAUGCUCUGAACACCACAAUCAUCGAAAUGAGGAAACCGAACAGAGUCGUCCUCGUUCUCACCGAUGGACGUUCUGAUAUCGACAGGGACAAGACUCCCCUCAACAUACUCUGUGGUAAAAACCUCCUGGUGGGUGGUUUAGGCGUGAAGGACUACUCAGGCCGACAGCCCAACCAGGAGCAGCUGGAAGCCGUGGUCUGUAAGAACGACCGCAAACCAGGUUUCUCCUUCGUCCUGGACAACUUUGCUGAGCUGCUGGAGGACAAUUUCCUUCAGAACCUCACAAACAAAAUCUGUGAAGAGAAGAGAUGCCCGGACUACAAAUGUUCCAUCACUUUCGAAGAGAGCGCUGAUAUUUUGGUGAUGAUGGACAGCUCGGCCAGUGUUGGCCAGAAGAACUUCGAGACAAGCAAGAUGUUUGUCCAGCGCCUGGCCGAGCGUUUCCUAGAGGCUAAGAAGGAGAGAGGCGCCACCGUCAGAGUUGGCGUGGCCCAGUACAGCCGCAAUGCCCGCAUAGAGCAGGAGCUGACCACCAAUCUGACACUGCUGACCCGUCAGAUCAGCAAUGCAGGCUUCCAAAACGACGGCACCAACUUGCUGGACGCCAUGAGAUUUGCCCUCAAUAAUUUACGCAGCCGUGGAGACGCAUCCAGAGGCAGGAAGAAGCUGGUGCUGUUCUCCGACGGCAGGUCUCAGAGCGUCAGCGAGCCCGAACUACAGAGGCAAGUCCGUGCAUUGGUGGACGCCAACGUUGAGCUUUUCGUCAUCGCGGCCGGCAGCCAAAUCAGUGAAGCCAACCUGCGCACGCUGGUGAGCCGGGGGCAGCAGGACGACAUCAGCUACGCUCAGCGCCACCUGUUCCGGCUCCCAGAUUACUCCUCAUUGCUGCGAGGCGUCUUCUACCAAACCGUCUCCCGCAGGGUUUCCCUGACCUGAACGCAGGGCCAAGAACCACACGCUUUAGAUUUUUAG